UGAUAGCCGCGUUGCUAGCCGUACUAUCGGUGGGCGGUAUCUCCGCUGAACAUCCACUUGAUCAGGUGAAGCCGGUGUGACCGUCCAUAGCAUUGCAGCACCAUCAUGUCUACAUUCAAACUACAUUAUUUCGACCUAAAAGGCCGAGCGGAAAUGGCCAGACUGCUAUUUGCCUAUGCUAAAGUAAAAUAUGAAGAUGUUCGGAUCGACAGAGCAAAAUGGCCGGAACUGAAAGAAAGCGCACCCGGUGGAACCGUUCCGUAUUUGGAAGUCGAUGGCCAGGGAUUUGGACAAAGCAUGGCUUUAAAUAGAUAUCUUGCGAGGAAAUUUGGCCUCAUGGGAAGUGACGAGAUAAGCGGCCUCGCUAUCGACGAAUUUGUAGAAGACGUCGUUGAAUGCCGGUCAGCGAUGAUAGCUGUGUUUUUCGAGAAGGAUGAGGCCAGAAAGGCUACCAUGGGCAAAAAACUAAAGGAGGAAACUCUGCCAAAUUUUAUGAAAAAGUGCGAGGCCAAACUUACCAAGAAUGGAACUGGCUGGGUAAUCGGCAAAUCGCUAACGUUCGCAGACAUCGUGCUGUUUGACGGAUUCGACAUGUUCUUCAGUGGUCCCGAGGGAGCUCCAAUGCUACCCAAGUUACCACAGAUAGCUGCCCACAGGACUCGAGUCUCGACCAUACCACAGAUAAAGGCUUGGCUGGACGUACGCCCGAAAACGUCAAUGUGAACAUGAUAUCAUAAAAUAACAGACUUGUACUUAAAUGUGUUAAUGCGAUUUUUCAUACAUUUUGCAAAUAAAUAUUUGUUUACUGAAUUUCGA